AACCAACCAGUAAAAAAGAACAAAAACACAGAGAAAGAGAACGAGACCCAAACGCACCAAAACCUCAAGCUUCACUAUCACCGCUCUCUCCAAGCAAAGAGAAAUCAGCAAUCACUCGCUCCAGUCUGCAGUGCACAUAUAGUAUGGCGACUUCUCUGCUAUCUCCACUCUCAGCUCCAAACCCAGAAAUGGUCAGUUCCUCUGCUGGGUUAAACAAGUCCUCCUUUCUCCCAUGCUCCAAACUCUUUUUAUUAAGCACUCCAAGAAAACGAAGAUGCUACUGCUCUUGCAAGUCCCCUACUGCAUCUGGGAGGUCACUGAAUCAUAUUCCCAGCCAGUUUAGACAAUAAAACCUCAAAGAUGGACUGAUGGAAAAUUAUAAAAAUUUACCUCCAUCUCUUUAUGGUCUUACUCCUUCACAAAUGGACAUGUUCAUGACUGAGGAUAAUCCCGUUCGUCGUCAGUCAGGAAGUGUCACAGAGGAAAGCAUCUCAUCUAGAAAGAACUAUCUGGACCAUGGAGGGAUGUAUAGUCUAUCAGGCAUGAUGGAUCGGGGUCCUCCAAAAUAUAGUAUGAGUGUAACCAUGUACCAUGGAGGGGGUAGAGGAUAUGGAAGACCUGAAUUUGCUCCACCGGAUUUACCUUCUUUGCUCUUAGAUGCUCGAAUAUGCUACCUGGGAAUGCCAAUUGUGCCAGCUGUCACAGAGCUUCUUGUUGCUUAAUUCAUGUAUUUGGAUUAUGAUGAUCCUUCAAAGCCUAUUUAUCUAUAUAUAAACUCAUCCGGGACACAGAAUGAGAAGAUGGAGACUGUCGGAUCCGAAACUGAAGCGUAUGCCAUUGCAGACACCAUGUCUUACUGCAAAUCAACUAUCUAUACUGUGAAUUGUGGCAUGGCAUAUGGUCAAGCAGCAAUGCUUCUAUCUCUUGGAGCCAAGGGUUAUCGCGCCUUACAGCCAAACUCAUCCACAAAAUUAUAUUUGCCUAAAGUCAACAGAUCAAGCGGAGCUGCAGUAGAUAUGUGGAUCAAGGCCAAGGAAUUGGAUGCAAAUACUGAGUAUUAUAUUGAGCUGUUAGCAAAAGGAACUGGGAAGCCGAAGGAAGAACUUGUUAAAGACAUCCAGCGACCAAAAUAUCUCAAAGCUCAGGAAGCCAUAGAUUAUGGGAUUGCCGACAAACUACUUAGCUCAAGUGAUGAUGCAUUUGAGAAAAGGGACUAUGAUGCAUUACUUGCUCAAACAAAAGCCAUGAAGGCACAAGCUGCUGGGCCAAGAGCAGCUCGCUCUGGUUUUAGAUGAUGACAAAAUAUAGUAUAGCUGAUUAUACAGAGGAAACUGCCAAGGUAGGAUACGCUUUUGUUGAUGGCAGUGCUGGUCCGUGUGGCCAGAUAGCUCUGGAUCCGUAUGCUAAUCUCAAAGUGCUGUAUACAAUGUGUAUCUUGGGCUAGGGCUAUGUUAAAGUUACAUGUAUAGCAAUAGACCACUGGUUCGUAACAGUAAUGUAAUACAAACAACUCCAUAUUUGUGUUUUGAUCUUAUUGAACUCCAGGAGAGAAUUUAUGCCUUUUCAACUA